AUGCAGCAGACUUUUGAAUGGAUGCAUAGGUUCAACGAGCUCGUUGAUCGACAAAAACACGACUGGGUCAAGUGGGAAAGAGAACUAGCGAAUCGCCUACAGGUCGUCAGCUUUAGUACUCGGAUAGCCACUUUGGUCAACCAAACGGAAGAGGAGUGUAGCUGGGAUGCUUAUCACGCCGAGUACGAAGCACUCCUCCCAAUAAUGGAGGCUACUAUUCCCGAAGGAAAUCAAUCCUCGUACGACCAUUCAAUGGUGUUCACUCUGGCUUUGGUACUGCUUCCAGCUUUCCAUAUCGUGGCGUGGAAGUGUCGCUGGCCGCGCUUGCGACGCCGCGCACUCGACCUGCUCAGUCGUAUGCCUAAAUGGGAGUGGGUUUACCAAACCGUGCAAUACCAUUCAAUAUUCUCUCGCAUUAUGGAAUUCGAAGAAAAGCACUUGGGAUUACCACCAGGCGACUGUCCAGAAGAGGAUUGGCUUCCCCCUGAACAUGAACGAAUUCAGCACUUCGUCAUUUCUUCUCGACAUGCAUCAUCUGCGCGACCUAUGAUGUAUGAGGUGACAUUCAUCAGCAGACCUCAUGAUGUGAAUGGGAAAAUAAAAUGCCACUCGGAAAUGUGGGAACUGGAUUCCGCCGAUGCCAUGAAGGGAGCAUUGCCAAUAAACAUGAUGCACCCUUUAUCAAGGUUACCGUUAAGGCCAUAG